UCCGUCGUUUCAUCAGGCAUAGCGUUUUCUUUCAGUUGCAAUUCAGUCAUUCUCGCGCAUGGGUGGCAGCACCAAUUCACCCCUUAUGGCGCUGUCAAGCUUCUUCCGCAGCCCGCCAUUGGUGUUCACCACAGCUACACUCCUUCGCGCAAUAUUCCUGCUUUAUGGACUACGGCAAGAUGCGAAUUCGCCCAUGAAGUAUACAGAUAUCGACUACUUCGUCUUCACUGAUGCAGCCCGGUUCAUCUCCUACGGGCAAUCCCCCUAUGCCCGCGACACAUACAGGUACACGCCCCUGCUUGCCUGGAUGAUAUAUCCUACGACAUGGCUCGGUACCUUCUGGUUCUCUUCUGGCAAAAUACUCUUCGCUGUUGGAGAUGUUGUUGCAGGCUGGAUGAUGUACCGGAUCUUGAGAGAGUACAAGAGCUUGGAGAAAGAGAGGGCCUUGAAGUUUGCGAGCAUCUGGCUAUUGAAUCCUAUGGUCGCAACGAUCAGUACGAGAGGAAGCUCGGAGGGGCUGCUGGGUGUGUUUGUGACGGCACUUCUUUGGGCGGUGUUGGCGAAAAAGAUGGUGCUGGCAGGGUUGCUGCUGGGCUUCGCGGUGCAUUUCAAAAUCUAUCCGUUCAUCUACGCUGCGUCGAUUGUUUGGUGGCUUGAUGAGAUGAAGACUGGGAGAGCGGAGAGCGACGUCAAGAGCAGGGUGCAAGGAUCGACACUUGAUCAGCUACUAGCGUUCAUCAACCUACAGCGCAUCAAGCUCGCUGUAGCUAGCAUCGUCACAUUCGCGAUCCUGAACGCUGGCAUGUACCAGAUAUACGGCUGGCCAUUUCUCGAGCACAGCUAUUUCUACCAUCUUUCCCGGAUCGAUCAUCGCCAUAACUUCUCGCCGUACAACACUCUGCUCUACCUGAAUUCAUCGCCAGGAGGCAGUCAAUCAACUUUCGAACUCGAGCGUCUCGCGUUCGUGCCUCAGCUCCUUCUCAGCGCUGUCAUGAUUCCUCUGGCACUAGCUAAGAAAGACCUCCCAUCAACGAUGUUAGCGCAAACGUUUGCUUUUGUGACGUUCAACAAGGUCUGCACAAGUCAGUAUUUCCUGUGGUAUAUGAUGUUCUUGCCAUACUAUCUGCCCGGCUCGAUCCUUCUUCGGUCCCGUACAGCCGGUCUUGCAGCGCUUGCAGCCUGGAUAGUAGGUCAAGCGACGUGGCUGCAGCAAGGGUUCCAGCUGGAGUUCAAUGGGCACUCGACGUUUGUGCCGGGUCUGUGGCUGUCAAGCAUUGCUUUCUUCGUAGUGAACGUUGGAAUCCUGGGCGUCAUCAUUCACGACACAAGGUUGAGAGGAGAAAGAGCAGUAACAGCGAAGAAGAAGAAGCUGUGAUUGCGCAUAUAUAGAUGAAUGCCGUGAGGUGUCUCGGCAACUUGCUUGCCUCUAGGAGUGAAUAUAGUAACGCUGCAAUCGCCAAUGCG